AUGAGGCCGCUGGAUCGGCUUGCAUCGAAGGGAGCCAAGGCAGCGGAGGAGCUCGGCCUGUGGGCGCUGAAGCUACCUCCUGUUGAGGAAACCCUGGGCCGACAGAGGAAGCAACAGAUCUUGGAUGGAUACUACCAAGCCAAAGAUUUGGUCGGCAAGUCCCUUGCGUCCGUUUCGCAUCAGUCCUGGAUGUCUGCCCUGCAGUCUGGGGCCAAAGGAGCUACAACUGUCCUGCAUAAGGCCGGCCUUCGCACUCGUGUGGUCGGCCCCUUCGACGCUCACUGGAACACACUCAAGGUCUUGAAAGACCUACGCUCAGCAGCUGGGAUGGCCGCUGCGCGCGGCAAAGGACCAGCUACACUGCAGCUGACGCCAAAGCGCUUUGUGCAGUUCAUGCGAGAGGGAGAGCGCAUGAAGCAGAAUUCUCUUCAGCGAGAUCCUGUCGAGGACUACGUGGACUGGAUGCUAGCAAACGGUAGCCUCCGAUCUCUGGGGCCGGUCUUCUUCGAGAAGAAGUUGUACAGCGACGUGGUGCGCAUCAUUUGCUUCGCUUUUGAUCGAGCAUUGACCGAGGUGAAUGGAACCAAUAUCUGGGGACACGUGCUGCGUGUUAAGGCCCUCCGCGAGUUUUCUGAGCAUCUCGCGAAGGUGCCUCGCCAGCCGACGGCGGUUGGCAUACAGCAGGUCGAAGCCUUCGUUGACCGCAUGCUCAAGAGCAAGGAUCUGGAGGCGCCACCGAUCCUGGACGGCAUGCAGACGUUCGUCAAGGAAACAAGCUUUCCUCAUGGCGCCAUGCCCUGGUUCCGCGAGCCCCAAGUGAUCUUGUCCAGAUUGGUCGGUCUGAGCACUACCCUCUCCGCCUUGUGGCUGUGCCGCAAAGUGGGCUGCUGGGCGAAAUCGCUCGGCCGCCUGGGAGCACUGAUUCUGCGCUUCGUGCGGCGGGGACGCCUCUCACGGCGCCCGCCCGAUUAUGGGCACUUGCUGAUGGUUCCUCUCUACCCAGGAAACCAUCCUUCGCCUGAAGCAGCUAUUGAGUCUCAAAGUCUGGCAGAGAGAGCACGCUCGGCAGACAGCGCAGAUCAAGCUCUCGCUCUGCUUGGUGAAGCCGUCCUUCUCAAUCCUCCAGAUGCAACUCUGUAUCUGGCCCGUGCACAGGCCCACAACGAGUGCAAUAGGCACAUUGAAGCACUCGAUGAUGCAGAGACCUGCGUCUCCCUGGACAACAAGUGCCUUGAGGGCUGGCUGGUGAAAGGGAAGGCUGAGAUUGCAUUGGGAAGAGCAGCUGAUGCCGCUGCCAGCUUCCAGACCGGCUUGACCCUCGAACCCAGCCAUGAGGAGCUAAAACAGCAACUCUCGGCCGUCCAAGCGGAGCCACCACCGAACAUCCUGCAGCAGUUCAAGGAGCUGGUCUUCGCAGCAAGACUGGGCCUUGAAAAUCUUUUCAGAACUCUUGAGGACCCUCAGAGAACCACUGAUACCUUCGUUGAAAGCAAUGCAGAGGUGCUGGAUGCGCAGCUUUCAUUGCUGGCCCAGACUCUGCACGUAAAUACAUCGGUGUUGUUCGACUCGCCCCGCCUCUGCGAUGCUUAUGAACAGAUUGUCCAUGCGUGCGCGCAGCUAGUGUCUGGCGCACCGAAAUCCUUCUCGACAAAGUUGAAGAAUGCCAGAAGUAUAGUAGAAGGCCUGAGUCUCGCUUUGAGGAUCGGCUGGCAGAUCCACCAUGGUCUUGCCAAGCAUGCAGGUAGUGCCCUGAUCAUGCUCGCGACAUGUCCGAAUGCCGAUGAGGGGCUGCGGAGGCUUGCAGUACGGCAGCUCUUGGGAGGCUUGUUGCGCUGGCUGGUCGAUGCAAGACCUGAGCCAGAGCGUGAGGUGGAUGAGGUCUUCGGAUGCAGCUGCGCAGUUCCUUGGAAGGCCGCUGCUUGUUAUCUAGAAAGGCUCUUCGAAAUCGGGAAGCCUAUGGCUUUGAUCCAGUUUGAGUGCGAAAAUUGGCCAGACACAGUUCAGCUUUGUCAGUGGCUUACAUUGUCUGUUCGAGACUAUCACGCCACCCCGCUUGGGCUCGUUGCUCUCCUUCAGAUGCCGGGAGUGGCAGCAGCAGUGAUGAAGACCCAAGCAAAGGUUGACUUUUUCAUUGCGCCUCAUCUCUUCGGCGAUGAUUUCGGUACUGAUGAGGAUGACGACUUUUUUGAACAAGUCGAGGACGAGCCAAUGGAGGAAGCUACAGAGGAAACAUGGGAAGCCGCUCGGGCGAACAACGUCCCAUGGUGGCGAGCUGCACAGAUGAGUCGGCAACCGCUCAGGGCCUGGCGCCAGCAAAUGCGGUUUGCCGCCGCUGCUGUGGCAGCAGCUGGCGACCCGAAUGUGCCGGUCGCGGAGAAUAUCACAUCAGCACCGUGGCUGCCGGCGCCACCGGUGCCUUCGGGAGAUGCUGCUGGUCCAGCAUCUGGUCCAGCCGCUUCGAGCUUUAGUCGGGGUCCGACGGCUGACUUGUCGAGGAUCCUUGCCAACGACCCAAACCUUGCUAGUAUCCUGAGUGCCGCCUCCUCCGCUGGGAUUCCGACCCUUUUGCGCUGGAUCCCAGAUCCACCGCCACCUCCACCCCAAAGGCUUGGAGAGUGGCUCAUGAACUCUCUGGGCUACUUAUUCCUGUUCAUUGAAGGUGAUGCUCUUUUCACUGUUUAUGCCUGCCGAGCUCUCAAGGCUCUGGCAAAGGCGGAUCCAGAUGGUGAUGGCCAGUCGCGACUAUUGCGCGGCCUGUGGCUGGGAGUUCCUUUGCUGAGCAAACUGUCUCUUGCAGCAUGCACGAACAUGGCUGCACUGGAUUUGCUACACUGCCUGUUUGACGCAAAGUGCCCGGUGGCAAGGGCCGGCAUCCGAUGUGCCGCGCGAUCCUUGGCGCAUGCUUUGGCCAGCGAUGCUCUGCCCAGCGAGCACGACGGCGACAUCCAAAUGGCCUCCAGUGCUUCAUCGGACAUGCAAGACAUGUCAGAAGAGACUCCCAUCUUCGGACAGGGAGAGCCUGAGAUGGUCGAAGGCGUGAUUGCCCAGAAUCUUUUUGCAGGUCAUGAAGAUGACCUGGUACCAUCCUGGGCUGAGUUUCACCAUGAGCUUUUUCAGGAGCUUGCUUGCCCCACAGUUGACCGCGCCCAUGUACCAGAUCUUGUCACCCUUGCGAAUUUUGAAUCGAAGGCCAGCCUCCUGGCAGAACAAGCCACGGUCCAUUCAGUGGAGUCGGGCUCUGAGCCAGACGACACCGAGAAAAGACAUAGCUACGCAGCAGUUCCAGCAGCCUGGAACCGGAACGUUCUGGCCGAGAUGGAUUCGGCAAGUGGACUUGCAACGCACGCAACGGCCGCAGAGUCCUCAUCAGGGCCCGAAGCGGCUGAAGCGUACGGCUCACCUCCGGGAUGGCAGACAGUUGCCGCCCAGAGGUUGCUGCUUUUCCACGAGCUCGACGGCUUCCCCGUGGGUUCUGCCGAAUACCUCCUGGACAACAGGAUGAAAAAUAAGGCUGUCCUCAUGUCCAGGCGAUCGAUUCGUUCCAGCCAGAAAGUUCACAACUGGGCACAGGCCGUGUCCUCUGCCGAGCAAGCAGGCGCUUCCGCGGUCAUUGUCUUCAACGACCUCGAUGCCAUGGAGCCCUUCCGGAUGGGACUUUUCGGGGAGAAGCUGCCUUCAAUACCGGCCUUCAUGAUCAGCGGCAAGGAUGGCGCGAGCCUGGGCACGAGAUCGCGGGACUCCGAGGUGGUCAUCGUCAGGUCGGUGUUGACGUCUACCACUUCCCCCUCUCCGCCGCCGUGGCCGCUGGCUGGUGGGCGCAUUGCCGAUGUCGCCCAGGCGUGGAGUCUCUUGGAGGCGCUCUCUGCGCACGGCGAGGCCACCGACGAGUUGGAGAAGCUACUUCAACGGAUGAGUGUGCCAGAGAAGCGUGUGUGGCUGACACGCCGGCUGGUGCGUCAUCAUCGCACGCAGCAGGCGACCUCCACGGACGGAGAUCUGGCAGAGCCGCCGUUGGCCUUUGUUGAGUCAGACCGCUGGCUUUCAGCCGAGAAGCAGCUCGAAGCUCUCCGCCACCAGUUCACACAGAAGAUCGGGAUCGGCAGUCCCGACAUUUGCGGCGAGUUCGAGGUGCGCUUCCGAGGCGAGCAAGGUGUCGGAAGUGCCGUGGCGCGAGAGUGGAUGGACCUGGUGGCAAGAGAUGUGUAUCUCGAACCCAGGUUGAGGCUUCUCAGAAGUUAUGACCAAAGGCAAACCUUCUGGCCAGAUGCUGCGGCGCCCUUCCUCAACAAAGGCUGGCAGAUGGACUUCGAGGUUCUCGGAUGCUUGGUAGGUCUUGCACUGUGGCAGAACUGCACACUUGACCUCCCGCUUCAUCCCCACGUCUGUGCCUUGCUGUUUGGGUUUCCUUCCGAUCGGCUGACAGCUACGCUUGCCGACAUGGACGAGGAGCUGUUCCGUCACAAGGUGCAGUGGCUUCUCGCUAAUCCCAUCGACCAGCUCGGUGUCGAUCUUGUCUUCUCUGACCCGCUUGGAGCAGAAGAACCCGUGGAAAAGCCUGUGGAAAAGAGCGAAGAGGGGGAGGAAGGGAAGGUAGUGCGUCAGGACAAGAAGGAGAAGAAGGCAGACGUGCGCAUGGAAGAUCUGCCACCACCUCUGCCGCCUGUGGUUUACAUACAGCAUCGCCUGGAUGGAGAAGAUCGGGCAUGCGACGUAAGGCCGUUUCCCAAAGUUGGAUCAGCUGAGGUGGCAUUGUGGGAGGACGGCGAGCACGCCGUGAACGUUGUCACGGACGAAAAUAAGCAGGCCUUCGUCGAGAAGCUGACGGACUGGAGGCUUUACAAGGGCAUCACGCCUCAGAUUCAGGCAAUGGCUAGGGGUGUGAGCAAAGUUCUCCCAGAAGAUCUGCGGCAGGAGAUGCACGGGUUGUUGACCCCGGUUGAAAUCGCACAGCUGCUCUCCGGCUUGGGCGGCAAGCUCUCGGUAGACGAUUGGGAGAAGCACACCGCUUACACCCAUGGCCUAAACAAGCACAGUGACGUUGUGGUUUGGUUUUGGCGGGUCGUCAGGGGCUGGUCAGCCUCUGAGGAGGUAUUGCUGUCCCAGCUCCUGCAGUUCGUAACAGGAAGCGCGCGCGUGCCUGUGGGGGGCUUCAGCGAGCUGGUGGGCUUCAAUGGCGCGAAGCAUUCCUUCACGCUUGCUGGAGCCAGCCACCUUUCCAAGCAAGCCCUGCCGGUGGCUCACACAUGCAUUUGCACGUUGGACAUGCCCUCCUACGAGGACUUCGACACCUGCCGUCACAAGAUGACGCAGAUGCUGCGGCUAGGACGGGCUCACUUCGACGAAGGGGCUGGUCAACCAGAAGCAGAUGAAUAA